AUGUCGGCGUCUUUACUCUCGCCAUCGCUAUUCGAGGAUUCCGAUUCUGAUCCUACGCAAUCCACUACUAGUGCUGCAUCAGACAUUAAUCGAAUUCUUUACAAUCUUCCAUCUCGACAAAGAUCAAAUUCAGAGACUUCGGUUUACCAGGAUUGUAUCAAUACAUACGAAUUGUCUGAUAUCGAUUCUGAUGAGAACGAUAAGGAAAAUACUAGCUCCUUAGAUUCUUAA